AGCACAUCGCGCACAUCACGGCUCUGUAGUCAGCCCAACAACCAGUCAGGAUGUGGCAGCUCCAGCUCUUCAUCGCGGCUGUCGUCGUCUGCACGGCCGCGUCACAAGCUCAAAAGGUGUACCUCACCACGUCCAAGGGUUGGGCGUUUUUCAAGAUUCGCGUCACCACCGGACAGAUGACCAACGCCAACGUCAAGGCCACGUGCGAGGCGGCUGGGAUGAGGUACCCGUGCCACCAAUCCGGGACCUCCUGCACCUCCCAGUGGGACUCGGGCUGCAUCGCGUACGACGAUCCCGGCGGCAGGUGCACCACGCACAGUGUCCUGACAGAGAGCCUGUGCGGAAGCCAGGUGGACCCCAGGGCCUGCCAGCCCCUCGAUGACACCUUUGUGUACUUGCCUCACGGGUUCAAUUAUGAUGACAGCGCCUGGGGAGUGGACUACGACACGUACUCGUGGGAUCUGCAGGGAGCGUACUACCACAACAUGUACGCACUGUGUGCAGUUGGAGAGGCUUUGUUAGACUUUCCAUGCAUGAACGGAGGAACUCCCGUCAACUUCGUCUGUCAGUGUCCGCCAUGGGCGACAGGAUACAAGUGUGAGACAGACAUGGUAGACGAGUGUCUCAGCUCCCCGUGUCUGUACGGAACGUGUGAGAAUCAUCCGGGACACUACACCUGCCGAUGUGACCCGGGAUGGACAGGCGUGCACUGCGAAACAGACAUAGACGAUUGUCAAAGCUCGUCCUGCCCACAGAACGCCACCUGCAUCGACAAAGUCAAUGGUUACACAUGUCAGUGUGCACCUGGAUGGACCGGAGAUGCUUGUCAGACAGACAUAGACGAGUGCAGCAGCUCACCUUGUCCUGUGAACUCCACCUGCGUUGAUGGUGUUAACGGCUACACCUGUCAGUGCGCGCCUGGAUGGACAGGAAAGAGCUGUGAAACAGAAAUCGAUGACUGUGCGAGCGGUCCGUGUUUGUCCGGAGGGGUGUGUGUGGAUCACGUGACCGGAUACAGCUGCGUCUGUUCUCCUGAGACAACUGGGGACAACUGUGAAACAGCGCUCUACCCCGACAAGUGUUACCGGUUUUCGUCUGACAGCCUGUCCCAUGAAGACGCCUCCACCGCCUGCGCCACCAUGGGAGGACACCUAGCGGACGUGAAGGGACCGCAGGACCAGCAGCUGCUGGCUGACCUCAUCAGCUUCGGCACCGACGUCUCCCAUUGGACGUCCGUCAAAACGUCAUCCGCUCUGUUUGUGUACAGCGAUGGCUCUCACGUGUCUGGUUUGUCGACGUGGAUGUCUCCCAACUCCUACCGUCCGCCUGACGUGUGCGUGCUGCUGGACAGCGCUGACAUGUACCGCGGGAACUACCAUCUAUGUACUGAGGAACACAACUAUGUCUGCGAAUCAGGUUACUCGCCAUGCCAGCCGAACCUGUGUCAGAACGGUGGGAACUGCUCCUCCUGCUUCGGCGACUCCCGUGUCGUCUGCGACUGUCUGCCUGGAUACACCGGCUCCAAGUGUGAGAUAGAUAUAGACGAGUGCGCAUCCUCGCCUUGCAGAAAUGGGGCCACGUGCGUUGAUGACGUGAACUCCUUCAGUUGUACCUGUGACCGAGGCUAUACCGGGGUCUAUUGUGAGCUGGAUAUGGACUUAUGCAAUCCAAACCCGUGCCCUUAUAACUGGGUCUGUGUGGACCACACGUUCGAGAUCCACUGCCAAAUACCCACAGGGAUGACUGCCAGGUCUUCAUACUGUACGGCGUCCUCUUGCGGCCCCGGUUGGUACUGCAGGGAGGAGGGUAUGACCGGCUUCUCCUGCAUUCGUGGCUGACACGUGACCACACAUGAACACCUGACUGAAGCUGCCAACUCCCAUUGUAUCAGUUUUUGGCCACUUGAAUUUUUGUCUCAGAUAUUGUGGUUGGAGUAACGUUUCUUCUUCAAAUCAAAUAAAUUUACUUAAAAAUUUA